GACAGCUCGACAGCAUGAGGGUCAUCAGGCAUUGGCAGUCUGGCUCAGGGGUCGGGUCACCAGGCAUGACAGCGGGGGUCACUGGGUCUCACGACAGAGGGUUCACCAGGCAUCAGGUCAUUUGGCUCGCCAGCGGGCACCGCGUCCAUCUAGCAUCAGGUACCGGAUCGUCUGGAUCGACAGCAGGCACCGGGUCAUCUGGCGUUGGACCGUCUGGCUCGACAGCGGGCAUCGGGUCACCAGGCAUGACAGCAGGCACUGGGUCAUCAGGUACCGGAUCGUCUGGCUCGACAGCGGGCAUCGGGUCACCAGGUAUGACAGCGGGCACCGGGUCAUCAGGUACCGGAUCGUCUGGCUCCACAGCGGGUAUCGGGUCACCAGGCAUGACAGCGGGCACUGGGUCAUCAGGCAUUGGAUCGUCUCGCUCGACAGCGGGCAUCGGGUCACCAGGUAUGACAGCGGGCACUGGGUCAUCAGGCGUGAUAGGAUCAUCAGGCUGGAUC